AUGAUGCAUCCAGAGGGGGAAUGUCUCUGCUCCGUCGCAGCGUGGAUGGACUGGACUCUCCGGACCAUGGAGCUGGCGUGUGCAUUGUCCCCUGAGGUGAAGGUUGCUGUAGUCCCAGCCUUGCCGCGGAAGCAGAAAGGGGCACGUGUGAACAGGCGGAGGAAGAUCAGCCAUUCCACAGUGAAAGGAAAGGGUCAGCUGAAGCUGUCCAUCGACAUGCAGGGCAGGCUGCUUGUGCUGCACAUUAUGGAAGCAAAAGGCCUGAUGGGAAAAGAGUACCGGACAUGCAACUCCUAUGUGAAGAUGUCUGUAGUACCAGAUACUGAUCGGAAAUGCAGGCAAAAAACCAAGACUGUUCCAGACAGCAAAAAUCCCAUCUUCCACGAGCACUUUCUCUUCCCCGUUCAAGAAGAAGAUGAACAAAAGCGUCUUCUGGUUACAGUCUGGAACCAAGAAAGAAACUCCAGACAGAGCCAGCUAAUCGGCUGUAUGAGCUUUGGCGUGAAGUCGCUCCUGACCCCAGACAAGGAGGUCAGCGGCUGGUACUAUCUCCUUGGUGAGGACCUGGGCAGGACCAAGCACCUGAAGGUGGCCACGCGGCGUCUGAAGCAGAGCAGAGAGCCACCACUGGCGAGCCAGCGGGCUGAACUGGGAAACCAGGAGGCUGAGAACAUGGAGCAGCUCAAGAUUACAAUCCCUCGAGGAAGGGAUGGGUUUGGCUUCACAAUCUGCUGCGACUCUCCAGUCCGUGUGCAGGCUGUAGACUCUGGUGGCCCAGCGGAGAAGGCCGGCCUGCAGCAGCUGGACACUGUGGUGCAGCUGAACCAGCAGCCUGUGGAGCACUGGAAAUGCGUGGAGUUGGCACAUGAAAUCCGGAACUGUCCCAGUGAGAUCAUCCUGCUGGUGUGGAGGAUCGUGCCGCAGAUCAAGCCGGGCCUUGAAGGCAUGAUACGGAGGUCGUCCUGCAAAUCUACCUACGACCUCCAGUCGCCUCCAAACAAGCGGGAGAAAAACAGCUCAGUGCCCUCGCGCCCCGAGCAGCGCCAGAGCUGCCACAUCGUGUACGACGGCAGCGACAGGCUGGUGCUGAACAACUGGGCGCGAUACACGGAGGUUGGGAAGCGGAGCCAGCACACGAUGCCACCAUUGUCCCGGGCAUCCUCCGACGGGGACAAGAACUACAUCCUCUUAGCACCUCUGAAUCCUGGGAGUCAGCUGCUGAGGCCGGUGUAUCAGGAGCACGAUGCCGCUGUGGGAAAUGCAGGGAAAGGCAAAUCCCAUACGGGAUCUGGGCGGAAAUCCAGGCUGAUGAAGACAGUGCAAACUAUGAAGAGCUAUGGGAACUACCAGAACUGCACCAUUGUGAGGCCUCAUAUCCCGCACUCCAGCUAUGGCACCUAUGUGACACUGGCCCCCAAAGUGCUCGUGUUCCCUGUCUUUGUGCAGCCUCUAGACCUUUGCAACCCGGUCCGGACUCUCCUUUUGUCAGAGGAGCUGCUGCUUCAUGAAGGCAGAAGCAAGACUGUAAAGGUGACCGUCUUCAUCUACUCGGACUUGCUGCUCUUCACUAAGGAAGAUGAGCCCGGGCGCUGCAAUGUGCUGAGGAAUCCUCUCUAUCUCCAGAGUGUCAAACUCCAGGAGGGUUCUUCUGAAGAUCUGAAAUUCUGCAUCCUCUACCUUGCAGAGAAGUCGGAGUGCUUAUUAAGUUUGGAGGCUUACUCCCAGGAGCAGAAGAAGAGGAUCUGCUGGUGUCUGGCUGAGAACAUCACUAAGCAGCAGCAUCCAGCAGCAGCUCCUGCUGAGAACAAGAUGCUUGAGACGGACACUGAGGAGCUGAGGGUGAUGCCCUCUGAGGAGGAGAAGGUGGCAGGGGGCGAUGCCUGCCCGGCCGCAGAAGGGGCAGCAGAGGGGGUGUUGAAGGAGGCUGCCCUGGGGGCCCCACUGCAGGAGGAGAAGGUGGUGAUUGCAGCUGAGUGUGUGGAGGAGCAGCCUGGCUCCAGCCCGGCCUUUGUGAUCCCGGAGCUGCGGCUGGACAGCACGGCGGACGGCCCGACGGACGAGGAGGAUGAGGAGGAAGACGAGGACGAGGACGAGGAGGAGGACAGUGACCAGCUCUAUCUGGAGAGGAGCGAGGGGAAGCGAUGCAGCAUGAUUGAGCCAUCGGGCUGCGAGGCGACCUACACCCUGACGGUGCAGGGCUCCCUGCGGCGCCGCACACACAGCGAGGGCAGCCUGCUGCAGGAGACGAAGGGCCACUGCUUCACCUCCGACACCACCCUCAACUGCCUGGACAUCCAGGGCCCCCAGACCCGCUGGGCACUGCCCUCGCCCAGGACCCUCAAGAAGGAGCUCACCAAGAACGGGGGCUCCAUCCACCAGCUCGGCCUCCUCUUCUCUGGGCACAGGAAGCUCAGCGGAACAGACAACGAGUGCAGCUGUGAGGAUGGGGACGAGGCCUCCUGCAAGAAAAGGAGCAAAAACUUGGCCAAAGACAUGAAGAACCGACUGGGGAUAUUUCGACGGCGAAACGAGUCUCCAGGAGCCAACCCCAUCAGCAAGCUGGACAAAGCAAUGAAAUCCCUCAAGCCGACCCCGGAGGAAGCUCUCAAGUGGGGGGAAUCUCUCGAGAAACUGCUGCUGCACAAAUAUGGGCUGGCUGCCUUCCGGGCUUUCCUGCGGACAGAGUUCAGCGAGGAGAACCUGGAGUUCUGGCUUGCGUGCGAGGAGUACAAGAAGAUCAAAUCCCAGUCCAAGAUGGUAUCCAAGGCCAAGAAGAUCUUUGCUGAGUACAUUGCUAUCCAGUCAUGCAAAGAGGUGAACCUGGACUCCUACACACGGGAGCACACCAAAGAGAACCUGCAGACCAUUACCCGGAGCUGCUUCGACCUCGCUCAGAAACGGAUCUAUGGGCUCAUGGAGAAGGAUUCUUACCCCCGCUUCCUCCGCUCGGAGUUGUAUUUAGACAUAAUUAACCAGAAGAAAUCCAGCCCCCCACUGUAG